AUGACAACGAUGGAUUCGGAGGAAGGUUAUGAUUUUUUUGGGCUUGUCAACGACUUGUGUCAGUCAAUGAUAAAUAAAUGUGAUGAAAAAAGUCUUCGCGGACGUAAUUCAGUGCUAAUUUCCAAUAAAUUACGUUCGAUUGCUUUUGAAAUUUUGCUUAAAAAACACCCCGAGUCUUGUGAUGUCAAUGAUACUCAUGAAAACGAAUCUGCUGAUCCAGUUGUUGAGUUGUUGAAAUAUUCUUUUGUAUUAAAAACUACCCUAGGAUUGUCUUCCAAAGCUGAGAAAUUAGAGACUGCGUUAGACAGAUUGUUGAGUGAAAACACCGAGCCGUCAUUUAAAUCCAUACUUUUCUUCUUAAACUGUUUACAAAGUUACCAAUCUCAUGACAAGGAUGACCUGGAGGUAUUUCAUUUUGAAGACAGAGUCCCUUCAUCGUCAGACAGUCAAAGUAAUGAAGUACCACAUUACCAAAUUUACCCGCUAUCAGCAUUCAUGUUACCACAAAAAAUGGACCGGUUGAUUGAUAUAAAUAAUCAUGAAUUUACACAAAAGUCUGCGGGGCGAAUAGAAGAAGACUGUAACUUUAAUUACGAAGAAACAGCGUUAGAAUCGCUCUGGAAACACGAAAACUACGACUCUCUAAGUCUAGGAUCUCUGAGAUCAUCUUCACCGUCUUUAGAAUCAAUAGAUCUAUCAUUUGAAAUCUAUGAAGACGCCGAUAGUUAUUCCUGGGAAACUCUAGGAUGUGCCAAGCCUCCCAAGCAGCGUGUUUUUGCCCUAGAGUCAGACGCAGCGAUCCAGCACCUUCAAAACCUGCGAAAUCUCUCAAUAAAUUUAAGCGAGAGCGAAACCUUUUCCAGCAGAAUUAUUGUCAUAAGUAUGAAAGAGUUUAUGGAAAACAUAAGGUUGGUUCUACUGGGCAUUGAUUCAAAUUGUUUUAUAUGGGACGAUAAAAUAGGAUUUUUCUUCAACGUAAACACCCAAGUCACCGGAUUGAGUAAGGAAGCUCUGGAGAGUAUCUCCACGGAGAUAACUCACUGGGCAACUUGUUUUAAGCUUCUUAUGCUGCUAGUACGGCCUCAUUCUGACACUGGAAGGUACAAGCACGACGGGUUGAUUUUCCACGCGAUGUGUAACAGCGUCAAUGAUGUGCUAAUUCAUUAUCAAGCUUCUGUUUUGCAGAUUUUUAGCGAUGAGUCUAUUAGAUUGAUUGAUUUGUUGAAUCGUUUGCGUUAUGUUGGCUGUUCAAUUAGCGAAGUUGCGCGACUUUGUCGCUGUGAAAAUGUUAUUCAAACGACCUUGGCUGAAGGUACGGGCAUUCUUACUCAUAUUUAUGAUGAAGUUACCAAAAUAACUAAACCCGAUAUUUCUCUGGUGUUUUAUUCAGUAUUAAAGUCUUGCUGUGAAGUUUAUUUUGAGCUGAUGGAAAAUUGGAUAUUUGAGGGAAUUUUUGAUGAAAAUUACGGAGAAUUUAUGAUAUUUGUCCGUGAAAAAUAUAUCCGUAAUCGCGGGCAUAAAUUUUGGACAAAGUGUUUUGGUAUUAGCAAAGAAUUAGUCCCAGGAUUUUUGAUAAAUCUUACAGAUUCUAUUUUACAGUGCGGCAAAGCUGUGAGAUUGUUAAAAAUCUGCGACCCUAAAAACCCGCUAUGCAAUUUUUUCCUGACUGCCAGGCCUAAAGUAAAAGUAUGCUUGAGUGUCAAUAUGUUGGCUGAGCAAGAGGAAAUAUGCCAGCGCUACAUGAACAAAGGUAUGGAGAUACUAGGCCCCAAUAUAACUCUAGCUUCGUCUUUGAAGGAGCUCAAGACAAUUGAUAAGGACAAAGCCGAGCAUGUGAUAGCCGCUCAACAAGAGACGCUGUUGAGAAUAAAGAAGAGCCAAGAGGAAGCUAAACUAUUGAUUGUCAAGAACAAGCGCGAGCUCUUUGCAGAUCAAAAGAAGCAAGUUGAAGACGCUGUUUCUCGGAGAGAAAAAGCCAGAGAAGCUGAUUUGUUGGAGGAUAAAUUAUUGAGAGAAAUACAAAUCGUCGAGGAAGAAAAAGCUGAGAAUCAGCGACUCGCUGAUAUCAAGAUUACUUUGGAGUAUUAUAAGGACUUGGCUGAGGAAGCUGAGAAACAACGGCUGAGAGCCUCUUGGAGGAGUCGGAGGAUGGAAUUGUUUGAUGAACGUGUCAGUGCUAUUGUUCUUGCCCGGCAAGAGGAUAUUACUCCCAUUGAGGAAGCUGAUAAGACUUUCAGUAGUUCUCAAGACCAAUUGCAGACAGCUGACAGUAAUGUUUCUAAUUUAAAUUCUUUAGAUAAUUUUUUGAAUGAUGAUAAAGUUUCAGAAGUCAAUGAUGAGAAUUGCAAUGAAACAAAAUUAGUGUCAGAAAAUAAUCAGAUCGCUAAAUCUGAAGAAACAACUCGCGUAAGUCGGCCUACUGUCCUCGAGGUAAUUUCUAAUAAAGAUGAUACUAAGAUAGAGUCAAUUAUUGAUGAGAUUACAGGUAACCGUUCAUUUAAACGCACAAAAUUUUCUUUCAAUACCAACACUACAAUAAAUAAUGAUAUUAAUGCACAAACUACUCUAGCUAAUGAUAAUAUAAAUAUUACUUUUAUUGACAAUGAAGGUAAUGAAAGUAAAUUAGAGGUUAAUCUUGAUAAUGACAAUAAUAAGCCUGAUGAAAAGUCGGGGCUGGUAAAAAAUUUAACUGAAGAAAAUAAUGUCGUAGAUGCUCCGAAUUAUUCGAAUAAUACCAACGAAAUAAAUGACGCAACUCCGAUGUCCUGUACGACAGACAGUUACGUUCCAUCAGCGAUGAGUAAUUCUAUUUUGUACAAUUGCACGGAAGCUGGCUCUAUUGCAGAGUCCAAGAAUGACUUUGAGACACCAACGACACCCGGUGAUUGCUUGCCGAGAAGUGUUGAUAAGCAGGAGUACUCUAUGCACAAUAUUUUUUCACGAUCAAGCAGUCAGUUUUUCAGCACAGGUGCUAUGAGCACACCACCGGCGUUUGAGUCGUCUUUAACACAAGCUGAUGUUGAGAUGAUUGAUAAUACCAGUCUGCAAGUGUACUUGGAAAAGUCGGUUCUGAUCCCACUGAGAGUUCAAAGCUGGCUUGCUAAUUCCGCGAUUGUUAAAUGUCUUUUGCAUGAUCACAAAAUAUUAUCACACUUGCACAGUCUCAGGAGUUUCUUCUUUCUUUUGAACGGAGAGUUCGCCAAGAAUCUCACCGGGCCGCUUUACACUAAAUUUCACCAAGCCACCUCGCCGGACAAGCUCUUUAAUUCAGCUACUUUGACGAGCUUGUUGAAAAAUGCUUUGCAUUUUUCUUUGAACAAUUCUUAUAAAAAUUCAGAGCUCUUGAGCUUGACUGUGAUGACCCAGCCCACCAGUAUGAAGCUACUUGAUCCGGAAGCUUUAGACUGCCUUUGUCUUCAUUACAAAGUUUCAUGGCCGCUGAAUAUUAUUUUAGACGAAGCGGUGAUGUAUCAGUACGGAAGGGUCUUUAGGUUUUUAAUAAUGGUCGGUCGGGUGCUUUGGUUCAUGACAGCUCUCCAUGGUUAUUUAACUUGCAGUGUUUUGCAUUCAAGUUGCACCGAGUUUGAAAAAGAACUCGAGAAUGCUAUGACUCUUGAUCAGAUUUACAGCAUUCACGUUCGCUAUAUUAAAAAAAUUCUCUCAAGAUGCAUGAUGACAAGACGAGGAGAAAAAUUACGAAAGUGUCUUUGCAACAUGUUCCAAAUAAUAUUAAAAUUCCACAACACCCUAAGAACUCACGAGUGGACUGAAACGCCUCAGGGUUAUACACACCCGAGCUUCAACAAGUUAGAACAAUAUUACAAAGCAUUCUGCACCAUGAGGUCAUUCCCCGCGCAAGUAGUCGACAAAUACUCAAACAGCGGCUACGAUUUACACCUUACUCGCUUUGUUGACGCUCUUAACAUAAAUCCUCUCUUCAGUCUUUAA